CUUUUGUUUAAGCCUUAUUUAUAAAAGUUGACCUGUAUUGUUGCUCAGAUGCUUUCCAUCUAUUAAAGCACGUGGAAAGGAAGGCAAACCGCCCCCCCGCUGCCUGCAGAGUUUGGGUUUAAUUUGUACUUGUACUGCUAGGCAGUUAUUUGGGACAAUAUAAAUAUAAAAUCCCGACUCGCUAAGAGCUUAAUAAGCUGUCACGUACGAAAUAGCACAGUACAUUACCCACUAGAUAUUUCUGGCAGAAUUAUACGAAAGGCAGAGCUAAGGUCGCCAUUGACAAAAUUGAUGAUAAAUAUGGAGAAACGUUUUGUGCCAAAUACGCCAACCUAACGAGAGAGAUGCCGAAGAGGUUUCUGACAGCGCUGGACGUGAGGAGGAGGACAGCUCGUGUGACAGCAGGGCUCUGACAGCCGGGCAGCCAUCCCGGGCACCCCGCAGAGCUGGCUCGUCCCCGUCCCUUCCCCGACACCAGUGCAAUCAGUGGGCUCGUCCACAUCAAAAACCCGCACUUGGACGCGCUGGAGGAGGACAUUCUGUAUCACUUGGACCUGGGGACGAAGACGCACAACCUGCCGGCAAUGUUUGGGGACAUCAAGUUUGUCUGCGUUGGCGGCAGCCCCAACAGGAUGAGGGCGUUUGCCCAGUUCAUGCACCGGGAGCUGGGGCUGGCGGGCGACGGGGAGGAGCUGGCAGACAUCUGUGCGGGGACCGACCGAUACGCCAUGUACCGCGUGGGGCCCGUGCUCUCCAUCAGCCACGGGAUGGGAAUCCCUUCCAUUUCCAUCAUGCUUCACGAGCUCAUCAAGCUGCUGCACCAUGCAAAAUGCCGAGACGUCACUAUUAUACGCAUCGGUACUUCUGGAGGCUUAGGGGUGGAGGCCGGCUCUGUUGUGAUCACAGACACGGCGCUGGACUCCUCCUUCGAGCCGCGGUUCGAGCAGGCGGUGCUGGGCGAGGUGGUGGUGAGGAGCACCGAGCUGGACAAGGACCUCGCGCAGGAACUGCUCGCCUGCAGCAAGGAGACCCCCGACUUCCCCACGCUCAUUGGCCACACCAUGUGCACCUACGACUUCUACGAAGGUCAGGGGAGAUUAGACGGAGCGCUCUGCUCUUUUUCCAGUGAAAAAAAGUUAGAGUACCUCAGAAGAGCUUACGAUGCCGGCGUGAGGAACAUCGAGAUGGAGUCGACGGCGUUCGCUGCCCUGUGCGGGCUGUGUGGCCUCAGAGCCGCCGUGGUCUGCGUGACGCUGCUGGACCGGCUGGAGGGGGACCAGAUCCGCGCCCCCCGCGCGCUGCUGGGGGAGUUCCAGCGGCGGCCCCAGCGCCUCAUCGCAGCCUUCAUCCGGAAGCGCCUGGGGCUGCAGCCACGGACGCCUCUCCCCACACCCUGAGGGGACACCCAGCGGGAGCAGGGGACACGGAGCGGGUCUGCACCCCCACACCGGGAAGGGGUCUGCAGCACCCACC